GGUUUGUUCAAAAAUCUUUCUAAAUUUUUCUCUUUUUUGGUCAAUUAUUCACUGAUUUUGGCAUACAUAUUCAUUUGAACCGAGCCAAAGGCUAGUAAGUACACCACCAUCAACCACUAAAGACGAAACAACCAGUGAAGAUGGAGGCAAACAAAAGCAAAAGUCUAAGGAUAACUCCAAACUUUAAACGUUACUUUAAUGAACAAAGGAAUGUGAUGAAAUCAAAGUUUCCAUUUUUAACAGACAGCCAAAGGAAGAAACGAAUAUCAGAGCAAUGGAACUCUAUGUCCAUGGAGAUGAAACUCAACUACUCGGAUAGACCAGUUUGCAGAACUCCAGCCAGGCGAGCGCUGACAGAGAAGUUUUCCUCAAAGUUUUCUCAUGACAGCAAGUUCUUCAAUAAACAAUCAAAAACUGACAUUGGAUUACCCUGUAGUACUAAAAUAGCUGGCUCACCCUGUACUAAGAUGGGCUCACCCUGUACUUUCAGUAUCUCAAAGAAUCAGAAGGUUAAAGCCAGUGAACCAAUUAUAGUUUCUCGAGGUCUGUUUGUAGAGCCUUACUUCAAAUCUAAGAAAGAGACAUCGGUGAAUAAAUCAAACUAUACAGUCUUCAGUCAGAAGAAACAAAACACAAGUCAGAAUAAUAAGGACAACCUUGGAACAGAUGUUAAACUCCCUAAAACCAUUAUAAAAGAAAAUUCAAGUAAGGACAAUGCAUCAUCUGAACCAAACAUAAUUCUCCCAUUGAAACAACACUCAAGAUAUGAUGAAAAUGGAAAUAUGAUUGAUGGUGAGUUUGGAUUUGAUACUGCUGGAAUUGAGACAUUUGAAAAUAGAAUCAAAGAUGUCAACAAUAACAUGAAAGAUGUCAAGGAGCAAAGUGAACUAAACAUGAGUGUUGUUCCCUCCAAUGAAUCUGAAAUGGCCACUCAAAAACAAAAAAUGGAAAACCAUGAUACUAGUCAAAAUGGAAACAUGGUCAGUGAAACAGCCUCACCAAUCAAGACUAACGAUGUCAACAACAACACAAGUGACUCAAAUAUUAAAACAAAAUGUGAUGUCCUAGAUGGUUCAAACAGUACUGACUAUCCUAAUUGUGUGACCCACAAAAUGAAUGGAAACAUGAAUAGUAGAUCUGAAUCAACCAAUGACACUGUAGACAAUAUCAAAGGUGCUGACAAAGCCAAACUUGCAAGUAACACAGAAACUGUGGACAAUAUUGAUGAUGAUUUUGAAACAACACCCAGUGUCAAACUGACCAAAUCCCAGGGUGCUGAUAUAGUAAAGCUUUCAAGUGAUGGACCAAAUACCAAAGGGGCUGUUGAUAAAGCAAAGCUUAUGAAUAAUACAACAAACAAUACCAAAGAUGCCAAAAAUAGUGCAACUGACAAUGCUCAAGGUGGUGAUAAAACUAAACAAACGAAUAACACAAGUGAAGAAGAUUCCGAAUCUAGCUCCAGUAGCCAGGAGAUUUCAUUUAAAACAGAUCAGAACAGUAAGACGUACAAUGAUGGAGGCUCCCAACAUAGACAUAUACAAGACUAUACCGCCCCAGAGGUCCUCCACACUGAGUAUCAGUCACAUGCUUCAUUAGUAAGCAUCCUAAAACGGUCAGUCAACACGUCUAAGACGAGGAAGUCUAAACCAAUGAAGAAGAAAGUAACAUUUCCUGAUCUUCCCAUCCUCUCCCCAUCAAGGGACAUUACAACCAGGUCCCCUCCCCUAACUGAGCCUUGCAGACGUAAAGUCCCUGUCACCCCUAUACUUGGUAUCCUUAACACAGCAAGUCUCAACUCCCCAAUGUAUCGAAGCCCUAUGUGCAAAACAAGAGCAAAGACAAAAGCCCUCGCUGGGUUCAAUGGAACCUGGGGAAGAGCUAGUACCCCAAUGAUUAUUGAUACACUUGACCUUGAAAAAGUAAAGUUGUUGAGAAAGUCCCCAAAAAGGAAAGUGAUUGAAACAAUCCCUGAAGAAUAUGAGGAGGAUCCUAUACCUUCUAAGAGUACAAAGCUUGAGGCUGGUAAUACCAAGGAACCAACCAUAGCUAAAAUUAAGAAACCCGCUAUAGUUAAUAUAAAUAAUACAUCACAUGGUAUUACCAGGAUAACAAGGAGUAAACGCCAAGCCAUGACUGAAAAUCCUUAUCCCAGUAAAAAAAAUCACACCCGUGAGAACAAAUCAAUUUCUUCUACAAAUAAUCAUGAAGGAAUCAGCAUAAAUAAAAGUAAUGCCCCAAGCCCAGAGAAAGAAAAUCUUAACAUCACACCCAUUGAUAUCAAAGAGGUGACAACAUCUACUAAGCAAUUUCUAGAUACCAGUGGGAACAUAAGUUCUGAAACAGAAUCAGCUAGAAAAAUCAAGGGAAUUGAAAAUGAUGAGGUGAACGCUGCCAAAGAAAUUAAUAUCAUAGAUAUUGGGACUCCAACAAGGGGAAUUAGAAGGAAUGUAAGAAAGAGUCCACACAUUAAGUAUGUUGAACCAGAGUAUGACAGUGAAGAACUUGAAGACAUUGAGACAGCUGGGACAAGGCUGAUUUUAAGUGAUGACUUUACUGGCGCAAGCAAAAAUGGGAAUAUGAGGAGAAACUCAAAGAUAUAUCAUGGGAAAGAGGAGGAGUAUAUUGAAAACAAAGGGGAUGAUGAAAAGGAGGAAAUUGAAAAAGAGGACACUGAGAAUCAACAAGAAGACCACUCUCAGGUGCAUGACAUAGACAAUAAUGAUGGUAAUGAACAAAUUGAGCAUAAAUUGAACAAACAACCACAGAAGACACUUGUUGACCAGGCAGCUAAUCAUAGCACCACGUCAACUUGUGGCAAUCAGGCAGUUCAAAAUAAUGAAUUAAGCUCUCCCAAAGAAAGUGAAAUUGAUGAUGUGGACACACAUGGGAAGAAGCUGGGUGUAUAUGCCCUAAGUUCUUUACUUUGUGAUGAAAGUAUUGUCACUGAUGAAAUAAAAGCUGUUGUUAAUGACGCUCCAACCAAUGAAAAAGAAAAAAGUGAAAAUGAUCUACUAUAUAAGGAUAUAUAUACAGAAUCUCAUUCAGAAGACAAUACAACCAGUCCUUGUAACAAUCACACUAUUCACAAUCAUAAAGCCAAUGUCCAUAACAUUGAGGAAAAUGUUGAACUAGAUGAUGAUAAAUUAGUAGAAUCACAAACAACUAGUGCUAACCAUAAUGCACAACCAGAGGAAGCUACCAAACUUCAUGAGAUCGAGGUGCCAUAUUCCCCUAAUGACGGUGAUGAUGAUAAUGACGAUGCUGUUAACCAUGAUACAUAUCACAAUGAACAUUCCAAGAAAGAUGCAACCUUUGAUCUGAGUAUAUUUGACUUUGUGGAAGAGACAUCUCAAGAGAGGGACAUUCCUGAGCAGAAUACUUUACAAAAGAGGCUACAGUAUGACAAUGCUAUCAAGAAAUCCAAACACAAUUCAGCAAUUCAAAGUCCUAAAAGUCAAAUCAAUACUGAAGAGUACUCCAAUUACACCAUUGAUAAUUGUGCUGAGACUGAAAAAGAGAAACAAGUGCAAAACAUCAAAGGAAACAUUGUGCAUGAAGGUAGUAAUAAUGAUGAUGACUUUAGUCAAGACUCUGAUGAAGAUGAUGUUCUUAUUAUACACAGGGAUGAUGCUGAACAGUCCUGCAGUACGGAUGAUGCUAAAGCUGAGUCUGUCAAGAAAGUUGAAAACAACAUGGAAUCUCCAAAUAUAACCAAUGAAAUGGAAAUGGGAGAAGAUUCCAGUUUUACAGUGGAUGAGGUUAAACCUAUUAAAGUUGAUGAAAUGAAAAAUGAUACAUUGAAAAAUGAAUCCUCAAAAGCUUCUGAAGGCUUCAAUAUGGGAGCAGAUAGCCAGCCAGAUGGAGCUGUGUGUGACUCAAGCCAGGACUCUGAUGACUGUGGAUUUAUAUAUAGAAAUGAUCCCUUGUCUCAGUCAUCUAGCCAAUCAGAAUACUCUCAAGCUGAGCACAUUAUGAUGAGUCACCCUCAAGGAGAUGCAUCUUGUGGUGGUGAUAAUGUUAAAGUUGUCGAUGAAGGACUUGAUGAAGAAGAUGAUGUCCAAGAUCAUUGCCCAGCACUAUACAGCCCUGAUUCAAUGUCCCAAGAUUGUGAAUUACUGUACCAUCCUGACACUGCUGAACCUGACAGCCAGAUCAGUAAAGAAUCAGAAAAUAUUCUCAAUGAUGAUGCAUCAAGGGAACAUGCUCAAGUUGGGGAUCAAGAAACUGCUCGGGGUACACCUAUGGGGCAUCAUAACCACAUCAAUGGAAAUAUAGAAACUCCUCAACUGUUGCCUGGCAACCUUGCUGGGGGUCAAGAGGAGCAACCAAUAGAGACGCCUGUGAUGAGUUCCAUCCACCCUGAUCUGAUCACCCCACAAAUGCUUGAGGGACUCGUCGAGGCAAAUCUGAAGAAAGUGAACAAGACACCAAAGAAGAGGAAAGCAAAGAGAGCGCCAGCUAAAAAACGAACAAAGAUUGAUGUUGAAAACAUUGGAAAGAAAGAAAAUGAUGCUGAAGCUGGUGAAAAUAAGACUACAGAUAAUGAACAAAUGAAAAGUGAUAGUAAUCCUGUUGUUGAGAAGAAACCCCCAACUGGCAAGAAGAGAACUAGAAACAAUUCUGAAUGUUCCAUUUCUACACCUGGACAUUUCAAAGUGAAACUGACUCCGAAUAAAGGCAGAAAUCUUGCUCCAAGUAGAUAUACAUUGACCCCUAAUAGCCGCAGCCCCAAACCACAGUCUUCAUUAAUACAGAGAGAUUCAGGAAAAACACCACAAAGUGAUUCUAAACAACCCAAAGUUGUUAAUACCAAUCCCAUUUCAAGAUCUAGAUUAUCAUACGAAACAAUCACUAGUACGCCAUCUACCCGCAGUUUGGAGAUCCCAACUCCAGAAUCCCAAUUAUCCCAACAAAUAUCGGGACAAAGUCUUAUGUCUGAUACCGAACACGACCAUAUAAGCCAUGAGCCUAAUAGAGAACUCAGGAGAACAGCAUCGCAACGGAGUGAAUUCUCAGAUGAAUCCCAGCUUGUUACUAACACAGCACCAUAUAAGGACAUGCUGGAUAUUUUUGACGACUCUCAAUCUGAGGAAGACUUUGUGAUGUCACAGAAGGUUGUCUCCCACAGGGCUCUGGAAAAGGCAUUGAAGGGAAUGCAGAGAAUUAUGAACACGUCACAAAGCCCUCUUGACACGGACAUUGAGGAAAGAUGUGAAGACUCGCCUGAUCUUUCAGGAGUUAGUCAGUUGUCAGAUAGCUCCUCAGGAUUUGGCUCCACCAGCCAGCAACAUUACACAACAGGACCCCAUCUGCACAACCCCACUGGGUCCCAACAACACUAUACAACAGGAACCCCACUACAUAAUAUCACUGGACCCCCUCAACCAUCUGAAAACAGAAAAACAUGGCAACAUAACAGAAGAGGCAACCACAGGGGUACACAAUAUCAGGACCAGCUGGGAUAUGGAGAUAAUCACUGUAGAAUGGACCACCAAAGAGUUGAUCCCCAAAUGAAAACUCAAUACAUUGACAGUAAAGCUCAGAAUCGUAGAACAGUUACUACUCAGAGGAAAAUGGGCGACGGUAACAAGAAAUAUAUCACCAGUAACUUAAACAAUAGUAAACACUCUACUGGUCAAACCAAACACAUCGCUGGUCCAGAUAAACAUGCCACCUCCUCAGCUUAUUGUUCUUCUGCUCCAAAGAUAACAAGAUCUGCUCCUGGUUCACACAGAAAUAAAAUCUGCAGGAGUUCUCUUAAAUGUGACUCUACCUUGCCAUCUCCAGUCUACCCUGAUCUUAUCAUACAGGUGAGCAAAGAGACUAAACAGCCAGCAUACAGUGACAAAGAUGACCUGCCCCACAGUGAAGAGUAUUCAUUCCCUGAUAAUGAGUCAGAUGAUGCUAAUAAUGCUGAAACUGCUCAGAUAGACUGCUCCCUCAAUACUCAGAAUGGCCACUCCCUCGAUACUCAGCACUCCCCCAGUUCUCAGAAUGACCACUCCCUCAGUACUCAGUAUGACUCCUUCUUCAGCACUCAGAAUGGCCAACACCUCAAUACUGUUGAGCAAAGAUUAAAGAGAUCACCAGUUGUAGGGAGGAGACAGAGUAGCAUGGGAGAUCUGUGUGACCUUUUUGGAGAUAUUUCCCCACCUGAGUCACAACAAAGGAAGCCAACCCCUAGAAGGGUCACAACGAGCAUGCCUAUUGCCACAACUAGUAACUUUGAGGAAAUGUUUGAACAGAAUGACAUCUUUAUGUGAUACAUGCAGAUUUUUAUUUCCGAUACUAUAUGGUAUGGUUGAAGAGGACACAAAACAAUACAUGCUCACAUGUAAUUUGCUUUCUGCUGCCAUAGAAAGUAACCAUUAGAAACACUUUUGGGUGCACAUAGAUAUAUUGGCCUUAUCCUUAUGAUCCUAAGAUAGUAGAUAGAUACCUGACCUACACCCCUCCAUAAGUUUGGUAACUGGAAAUCUCAGUUGGAUAGCAUUUGAUAGUCUAUUAUAUUUAAUCCUUAAUUUUGUUCCUCAAGGCUCAAGGGCAUUUAUGUUGGUAAUUUGUGAUGAAUUAGCAAAAAAUCAUUGUAUACUACAACACUAGUUUAGAAUUGGGAGUUCCAGUUGCCAGUCUUUUGGAGGAGAGUGUAUAUAUCGUUACAGCAUCUGCAAACAGCUGUAGAUUGUGACAAGGUGUGUCAUAUUACAUUUGCAAGGUAUAUAUC